UCCCGCUUUCCCCUCUGGCUCGUCAGCCUCCACCUGGAGCCCCUCGGCCCCCGCGGCUCGCGGGACGGGAACGGCGACGGAAGGGGCAUGUGGCGCUGGGUCCGGCAGCAGCUGGGUUUUGACCCACCCCAUCAAAGUGACACAAGAACUAUUUACAUAGCCAACAGAUUUCCUCAGUAUGGCCAUUAUACACCUCAGAAAUUUAUAGAUAACCGGAUCAUUUCAUCUAAGUAUACUGUGUGGAAUUUUGUUCCAAAAAAUUUAUUUGAACAAUUCAGAAGAGUGGCAAACUUUUAUUUUCUUAUUAUAUUUUUGGUUCAGCUUAUGAUUGAUACACCUACCAGUCCAGUUACCAGUGGACUUCCAUUGUUCUUUGUAAUAACAGUUACUGCCAUAAAGCAGGGUUAUGAAGAUUGGCUAAGACAUAUCUCAGAUAAUGAAGUAAAUGGAGCUCCUGUUUAUGUUGUUCGAAGUGGUGGCCUUGUAACAACUAGAUCAAAAAACAUUCGGGUGGGUGAUAUUGUUCGAGUAGCCAAAAAUGAAAUUUUCCCUGCAGAUUUGGUGCUUCUGUCCUCAGAUCGACUUGAUGGUUCUUGUCACGUUACAACUGCUAGUUUGGAUGGAGAAACUAACCUGAAGACACAUGUGGCAGUUCCAGAAACAGCGGUAUUACAGACAGUUGCCAAUUUGGACACUCUUAUAGCUGUGGUAGAAUGCCAGCAGCCAGAAGCGGACUUGUACAGAUUCAUGGGACGAAUGACAAUAACUCAACAAAUGGAAGAAAUUGUAAGACCUCUGGGGCCAGAGAGUCUCUUGCUUCGUGGAGCCAGAUUAAAAAACACAAAAGAAAUUUUUGGUGUUGCUGUAUACACCGGAAUGGAAACUAAGAUGGCAUUAAAUUACAAGAGCAAAUCUCAGAAACGAUCUGCAGUAGAAAAGUCAAUGAAUACAUUUUUGAUAAUUUAUCUAAUAAUCCUUAUUUCUGAAGCCAUCAUCAGUACUAUCUUGAAAUAUACAUGGCAAGCUGAAGAAAAAUGGGAUGAACCUUGGUAUAACCAAAAAACAGAACAUCAAAGAAAUAGUAGUAAGAUUCUGAAAUUUAUUUCAGACUUCCUUGCUUUUUUGGUACUCUACAAUUUCAUCAUUCCAAUUUCAUUAUACGUGACAGUGGAACUGCAAAAAUUUCUUGGAUCAUUUUUUAUUGGCUGGGAUCUUGAUCUCUAUCAUGAAGAAUCAGAUGAGAAAGCUCAAGUCAAUACUUCUGAUCUGAAUGAAGAACUUGGACAGGUGGAGUAUGUGUUUACAGAUAAAACUGGUACACUGACAGAAAACGAGAUGCAAUUUCGGGAAUGUUCAAUUAAUGGUACAAAAUACCAAGAAAUCAAUGGUAGACUUGUAUCUGAAGGACCAACACCAGACUCUUCAGAAGGAAACUUAACUUAUCUUACUAGUUUAUCCCAUCUUAACAAUUUAUCCCAUCUUGCAACCAGUUCUUCCUUUAGAACCAGUCCUGAAAAUGGAACUGAACUAAUUAAAGAACAUGAUCUCUUCUUUAAAGCAGUCAGUCUCUGUCACACUGUGCAGAUUAGCAGUGUUCAGACUGAUAGCAUUGGUGAUGGUCCCUGGCAGUCCAGUUUUGCACCCGCCCAGUUGGAGUACUAUGCAUCUUCACCAGAUGAAAAGGCUCUUGUGGAAGCUGCUGCAAGAUUUGGCAUCGUGUUUGUCGGUAAUUCUGGAGAAAUUAUGGAAGUUAAAACUCUUGGAAAACUGGAACGAUACAAGCUGCUUCAUAUUUUGGAAUUUGAUCCAGAUCGUAGAAGAAUGAGUGUAAUUGUUCAAGCACCUUCAGGCGAGAAGCUUUUAUUUGUUAAAGGCGCUGAAUCAUCAAUUCUCCCUGAAUGUAUAGGUGGAGAAAUAGAAAAAACCAGAAUUCAUGUAGAUGAAUUUGCUUUGAAAGGGCUAAGAACUCUUUGUAUGGCCUAUAGGCAGUUUACAUCUAAAGAGUAUGAGGAAAUAAAUAGACGUUUAUUUGAAGCCAGGACUGCCUUGCAGCAACGGGAAGAGAAAUUGGCAGGUGUCUUCCAGUUCAUAGAGAAAGACCUGAUAUUACUGGGAGCUACAGCAGUAGAAGACAAACUACAAGAUAAAGUUCGAGAAACAAUUGAAGCAUUGAGAAUGGCUGGUAUCAAAGUAUGGGUACUUACUGGGGAUAAACAUGAAACGGCGGUUAGUGUGAGUUUGUCAUGUGGACAUUUUCACAGAACCAUGAACAUCCUUGAACUUUUAAACCAGAAAUCAGACAGUGAAUGUGCUGAAAAAUUGGGGCAGCUUGCCAGAAGGAUUAGAGAGGAUCAUGUGAUUCAGCAUGGUCUGGUGGUAGACGGGACCAGUCUGUCUCUUGCACUCAGGGAGCAUGAAAAGCUAUUUAUGGACGUUUGUAGAAAUUGUUCAGCUGUAAUGUGCUGUCGUAUGGCACCGCUACAGAAAGCAAAGGUAAUAAGACUGAUAAAAAUCUCACCUGAGAAGCCAAUAACAUUGGCUAUUGGCGAUGGUGCUAACGACGUAAGCAUGAUACAAGAAGCACAUGUUGGCAUAGGAAUCAUGGGUAAAGAAGGAAGACAAGCUGCAAGGAACAGUGACUAUGCAAUAGCUAGAUUUAAAUUUCUCUCCAAAUUGCUUUUUGUUCAUGGUCAUUUUUAUUACAUUAGAAUAGCUACUCUUGUACAGUAUUUUUUUUAUAAGAAUGUGUGCUUUAUCACACCCCAAUUUUUAUAUCAGUUCUACUGUUUGUUUUCUCAACAAACACUAUAUGACAGCGUGUACCUGACUUUAUACAAUAUUUGUUUUACAUCCCUGCCUAUUCUGAUAUAUAGUCUGUUGGAACAACAUAUAGACCCUCAUGUAUUACAGAACAAGCCCACCCUCUAUAGAGACAUAAGUAAAAACCGUCAAUUAAGCAUGAAAACAUUUCUUUAUUGGACCAUCUUGGGUUUCAGUCAUGCCUUUAUUUUCUUUUUUGGAUCCUAUUUUCUCGUAGGGAAAGAUACAUCUCUGCUUGGAAAUGGCCAGAUGUUUGGAAAUUGGACAUUUGGCACCUUGGUCUUCACAGUCAUGGUUAUUACAGUCACAGCAAAGAUGGCUUUGGAAACUCAUUUUUGGACCUGGAUCAAUCAUCUUGUUACGUGGGGAUCUAUUUUAUUCUAUUUUGUGUUUUCUUUGUUUUAUGGAGGAAUUCUCUGGCCAUUCUUGAGCUCCCAGAAUAUGUACUUUGUAUUUAUUCAGCUCCUAUCAAGUGGUUCUGCUUGGUUUGCCAUAAUCCUCAUGGUUGUUACAUGCUUAUUUCUUGAUAUUGUGAAAAAAGUAUUUGACCGACAGUUCCAUCCUACAAAUAUUGAGAAGGCACAGCUUACUGAAACAAAUUCAAGUAUCAAGUGCUUGGACUCCAUGUGCUGCUUCUCAGAAGGAGAAACAGCGUGUGCAUCUGUUGGAAGAAUGCUGGAGCGAGUAAUAGGAAGAUGUAGUCCAUCCCAUGUCAGCAGAUCAUGGAGUGCAUCGGAUCCUUUCUAUACCAACGACAGGAGCAUCUUGACCCUCUCCACAAUGGACUCAUCUACUUGUUAA